AUGAAGAUGAUGUUUUUUAAAAAAAAAUGGGUGGAUGACCAAACUGAAUGGACAUGGGUUAAAGAAACUGGGAAUGAGGCUGCUCCUGAUUGGCCUACAAAUGUUGAAUUGGAUUCUAAAUAUUCUGAGUGCAAGGAUUAUGCCAAGUGUAAUUCUGACCAUGAAGGUGAUAAGAAUUGGCUAGAGUUCAAUGCUGCAACUGACAUGGCAGAUACAAAGUUUGAGAUUGGCAUGUUGUUUACUGAUUGUAAGGUUUUUAGGGCAGCUGUCAGAGAACACUCCAUCUUGCAGAAAAGAGAUGUUGUGUUUAUUAGGAAUAAGGCUUUGAAGUUGAAGGUAGUUUGUGGGGACCUAGAUUGUGAGUGGAUGAUAUAUGAUUCAAAAAUGCAACAUAAGAAUACAUUGCAAGUGAAGACAUAUGUAGGCGAGCACACAUGUACACAGUUAUGGGAGAACCUUACUGUCAAGUCAACUUGGAUAAGCAAGAAAUAUGUUGAGACAUUGAAGACCAAUCCUCAUUGGCCAAUCAGCUCUUUCAAGAAGACUGUUGAGAAGGAUUAUAAUACAUGGGUGUCAAGACAACAAGUGUAUAGGGCAAAAGAUAAGGCACUAAAGUUGAUUGAGGCACUUUCAAUGAACAAUAUUCAAGAAUUUGGGAUUAUUGUGAAGAAUUAA